CUGUACUAUUGUGGCGUACUGUACUACUUAGUACUGUAGUAUACUAGUGUGCGGUUUCAGACACAUCCGCUCUACACACACACACACACACACACACACACACAGAGAGAGAGAGAGAGAGGCGGAACCGGUACCGAAGCACACCUUCCUGCUAAGUGAAGAGCUGAAGCUCGAAGCGACGAAAGAAAAGGAGGAGAGAGGAGGAGGAGGAGUAGAGUGGAGGAGUAGACAGGAGGAGGACGGUUUGAAAGCGAACGGCUCACAGAAGGGGCAGGUGGAAGUCAUAGCUGACCCACCUCCACUUGGCGGUCUCGAACGGACCUCGGUGGAAAACCGGUUUUAAUCUCAAUUGAAAUAUUUCAAAACAAUAACAAUAUUUUUUUACAAACCCACCCACCGAGAACUACAUGCAUUUCGGCUGUCCGUAGGAAGUCAUCCCCCUCCACAAGAAGAGAAAUGGAAAACGCUCACACUAAAUCCACGUCUGAAGUUUUAAAACACUUCGAUGUGAACGAGAACAACGGACUGACACCGGAACAAGUCAAAACCAACCUGGAGAAAUAUGGACCGAACGAACUCCCAGCUGAGGAAGGGAAGUCUCUCUGGGAGCUGGUGGUGGAGCAGUUUGAGGAUCUACUCGUCAGAAUUCUGCUGCUCGCUGCCUGUGUGUCAUUCGUGCUGGCACUGUUUGAGGAUGGCGAGGAGUCCACUACGGCUUUUGUGGAGCCUAUAGUCAUCCUGCUCAUCCUGGUCGCCAAUGCAGUCAUUGGAGUUUGGCAGGAGCGUAAUGCGGAGAAUGCCAUUGAAGCUCUGAAAGAGUACGAGCCAGAGAUGGGGAAAGUGUACCGCAUGAACCGCAAGGCCGUGCAGAGAAUCAAGGCUCGGGAUAUUGUACCAGGAGACAUUGUGGAGGUGGCAAUUGGAGACAAGGUGCCUGCUGAUAUCCGAAUCGUCUCUAUAAAAUCCACUACUCUCCGAGUGGACCAGUCCAUCCUCACAGGCGAGUCGGUAUCGGUUAUCAAACACACUGACCCAGUGCCUGAUCCCCGAGCUGUUAAUCAAGACAAGAAGAACAUGUUGUUUUCCGGCACCAACAUCGCCGCGGGCCGAGCCAUCGGCGUAGUGGUCUGCACUGGCGUCUCCACCGAGAUCGGCAAGAUCCGUAACCAGAUGGUGAGCACGGAGCAAGAGAAGACACCGCUGCAGCAGAAGCUGGACGAGUUCAGCCAGCAGCUCUCCAAAGUUAUCUCGCUCAUCUGCAUCGCAGUUUGGCUCAUCAACAUCGGCCACUUCAGCGACCCCGUGCACGGCGGCUCCUGGUUCCGCGGCGCCAUCUACUACUUCAAGAUCGCGGUGGCCCUGGCCGUGGCCGCCAUCCCCGAGGGUCUUCCCGCCGUCAUCACCACAUGCCUGGCUCUGGGCACGCGCCGCAUGGCCAAGAAGAACGCCAUCGUGCGCUCACUGCCCUCUGUGGAGACACUGGGCUGCACCUCGGUCAUCUGCUCUGACAAAACAGGAACCCUCACGACCAAUCAGAUGUCUGUGUGUAGGAUGUUUGUGAUAGAUAAAGCAGACAGCUCCAGCUGUUCCCUCCAUGAGUUCACCAUUACAGGAUCGACCUAUGCUCCUGAAGGACAAGUGCUGAAAGCUGAUAAACCUGUAAAGUGCGGCGAAUACGACGGCCUCGUCGAACUGGCCACAAUCUGCUCCAUGUGUAACGACUCUUCUCUGGACUACAAUGAGGCGAAAGGAGUCUAUGAGAAGGUGGGUGAAGCCACAGAAACAGCGCUCACCACCCUGGUCGAGAAGAUGAACGUUUUCGGGACCGACCUGUCCAACAUCAGCAAAGUGGAGAGGGCAGGAGUCUGCAACGGGGUAAUCAGGAAGCUGAUGAAGAAGGACUUCACCCUGGAGUUUUCUCGCGACAGGAAAUCCAUGUCUGUGUACUGCACAUCCAUUAAGACCAGCUCCCAGAGCAAGAUGUUUGUUAAGGGAGCGCCGGAGAGCGUGAUUGAGCGGUGUACACAUGUACGAGUGGGCACGAGGAAGGUGGAGCUGACUAUGUCUGUGAAGGAAGAGCUGCUGGGGACGAUCAGAGAGUGGGGCAUGGGCAAGGACACACUGCGCUGUCUGGCACUGGCCACACGGGACACACCCCUUCGCAGGGAGCAGAUGGAUCUGGAGAACUCGGCCAAGUUUGCCGAGUAUGAGUCGGACCUAACCUUCGUGGGUUGCGUGGGCAUGUUGGACCCACCUAGGAAGGAGGUGAUCGGCUCAGUGAAGCUGUGCGGUGAGGCAGGCAUCCGCGUCAUCAUGAUCACUGGGGACAACAAGGGUACGGCUGUGGCCAUCUGCAGGCGCAUCGGGAUCUUCUUGGAGGACGAGGACGUGGAGGGCAAGGCGUACACGGGUCGGGAGUUUGACGACCUCUCUCUGGAGGCACAGCGAGAGGCGGUGAAACGUGCGCGCUGCUUCGCUCGCGUCGAACCCGCACACAAGUCCAAGAUCGUGGCCUUCCUGCAGUCCUUUGAUGAGAUUACAGCCAUGACCGGCGAUGGUGUGAACGACGCCCCCGCUCUUAAGAAGGCCGAAAUUGGCAUCGCCAUGGGCUCAGGCACGGCCGUGGCCAAAUCCGCCUCCGAAAUGGUGCUCUCAGACGACAACUUCUCCACCAUAGUGGCUGCUGUGGAGGAGGGCCGAGCCAUCUACAACAACAUGAAGCAGUUCAUCCGAUACCUCAUCUCCUCGAACGUGGGAGAGGUCGUCUGCAUCUUCCUGACUGCCAUCCUGGGUCUUCCUGAGGCUCUGAUCCCCGUGCAGCUGCUGUGGGUGAAUCUAGUAACAGACGGUCUGCCUGCCACAGCGCUGGGCUUCAACCCCCCUGACCUGGACAUCAUGGUGAAGCCUCCUCGCAACCCCAAAGAGUCACUAAUCUCCGGCUGGCUUUUCUUCAGAUACCUCGCCAUCGGAGGGUAUGUGGGACUGGGAACAGUUAGUGCUGCCACCUGGUGGUACCUGUAUGAUGAGCAUGGCCCACAGGUGUCUUUCCACCAGCUGCGUCACUUCAUGCAGUGUACUGAGGAUAAUCCCAUGUUCGAGGGCAUCAACUGUGAAGUGUUUGAGUCCCGCUAUCCCACCACCAUGGCCCUCUCUGUGCUCGUCACUAUAGAGAUGUUUAACGCACUGAACAGUCUUUCAGAAAACCAGUCUCUGCUGAGGAUGCCUCCAUGGGUUAAUAUCUGGCUUUUGGGAGCCAUCUUACUCUCACUGUCUCUCCAUUUUCUCAUAUUGUAUGUGGAGCCGCUACCACUGAUAUUUCAGGUCACUCCUCUCUGCUUCUCCCAGUGGCUCGUCGUCCUCAAGAUCUCCUUCCCGGUCAUCCUCUUGGACGAGGCGCUCAAGUACAUCUCCCGACACCAUUUAGAAGGUGAAGAGGAGACGAGGUACAGGAAGAGUCGGCAGCUGAAAUUCUAGGACGACUCGUCCUGCUCCAGCGCACACACUUGGACACACGCACAUACACUCACGCUCAUAAGCCCCCCCACACCCCGUUUCCCUUUUGUAAUACAUCAGGCAGAGCUCACACACUCCUGUUGUGACUGCACACACUCCUGCCUUUCUUCUCGAAAUCAUCCUAACUGCAGGCCCGGUCACCACUAGAAACAAUCUGGGCUGUGUCUGAGUGCGAGUGUGUCUGAGUGUGAUCGAGUGAGUGUGUGUGUGUGUGCGUGUGCGCCUGUGUGAGUGUGUGUUGUGUAACAGCACAAGCCUGGCCUCCAUAACAAAAUGUUGCGUGAUAAACCGUGAAAGUUCUUUAGGGACUUAUUUGGCUUCUUGGCUUCCAUGCAGUAGAUAUUAGUGCAAUAACCGGAGCUAGAACUGGGAGUGCAGAGGAAAAGGACAAAGUUUAAAGGUCAUGUUGUGUUUUGCUUGCGGAAUUAAGAUGUCGGAUCACAUUCUAGCCGCAGAUGGACGGUUCUUUCCAUCACAGGGCCGUGGGAGGUGCAGGAAGAGAAACACCAUCUGGACAGCUCCGUGUGUGUGUGUGUGUGUGUGUGUGUGUGUGUGUGCGUGUGCGCAGGGACGGAUGCAAGGCCAGUUUAAUUGACCAGUCACCUAUAGUCUUGCACCAUGUACAUUUAUUGUUUAAGGCGCAUUUCCACCGAGGUCAAAACACCUCGGCAUUUACGCCGAAGUUAUUGAAGCUGCAGUGUCUGUUUUUAAAUUUUACGUUAUCGUGUGAAUAUGAACGAUUCCUGUAGCUUUUAAACGCAAUUUCACUUUUUUUUUUGGUCACAAAAGAAUUUCCAGUUCUGUGUCAUUUUGGAUAUAAAAUAAGUGUUAAAAUAAUCACUUUUCUGUGAUUUAUUUCUUUGAACAAUUCUGUGAAGAUUGCAAUUGACCAAUAAGCACCAGUCAACAUGGCAAGUCCCACCCCAAUAGCACAAAAAGUACCCAAGGUCAAGCAGGAGUUAAAAAAGUUCAUGGAUCUGGUGGGAAGAUCCCAGAGUUCCUGAAAAUGUUCUCUCAGGUAGAGAUGCUCUAAAAGUUCCUGGACGCCUAUUGCCACUUACAAACAUUUCUGGGUACCUGAAAAUGAUCCUUUGGUGGAAAUGUGCCUUUUUUUUCCUUCUUCUUCUUUUUUUUUUUUUUUUUUUUUUUUUUUGUUUUUUUAAAAACUUCAAAGCCUCGAAAUUGUACUGAAGCUUUUUAGUUCGAGGCUCCCAGCUGUGGUUUUACAACAUUUUACAGAUGAGCAGCUCGAGUGGAAUCUUUAGGCCCAAGUUGUUGUUGUUUACACACAAACACUUCAUUGUUUGCUUGUUUUCUUACCCCCGAAAUGUCCCGAAAGCCGUUUAGCUGAUUCACCCACGGCUCUUUAUUCGACACGCGUAAAUCGUCUAACUCUGAAGUGCUCUGAACAGGCUCUCUAACAGACUCCUUCUCUCGUUUCACAUUUUAUACAAAUUUCACCGGAACACUAGUCACCAGGAGCUGCCAGCAAACCCGUUUCCAAAGAAAAGGAUGGUUUGCGCGGAUUCCUUUGAGUGAGCGAGAGAAAAAGGGACGUAGAGAUGUAAAGAAAUUUCAGAAAAUAGCGCAGCUCUGUGUAAAAUAUAAUCUGCAAGAAAACCUCAGCAUGUAUAAACAUGCCUGAAGCUUUUUAUGCUAGGAUAAGGAUACACACAUACGGGAGGAGAGGGUGCCUCUUUGCUUUUAACAUACACACACACACACACACACACACACACACACUGAGAGAGAGAGAGAGAGACAGAAACACACAUUUAAAUAUUACUGAGCAAGGUGAAUCCUUAUGAAUGUAUGUUCACUUCCUUAUGAAUGCGAAACUGCUUUUAUUUGUCUUUCUUUUUAUUUUAAACUGGUUUGCUUCUACUGGUGUCCUUUUCGUUCCCAUUUCAACCUUAAGUUCCGUUCAGACAGAAGUUUUCAUCAUCUAAAAAUCUCUGGAGUUUUAUAGUUGACGGACUCGCCACCUCCUCCAGUGCUUCUCCAACCUAGCUACAUGUUGUUGUUUUAAUGAAUAUCAAUAAUAAUAAUAAUAAUAAUAAUAAUAAUAAUAAUAAUGUAUUUGACUGAAAGAACCCAGGUGGUUUCUUUAGCGUGUCCAUUUUGCUGUUCAAGGGGUAACACUCUCGUUAUCUGUUUAUCAUGGGCCUGUGUGUGUGUGUGCGUGUGUGUGCGUGUGUGUGUGUGCAGGGAUCUAGCAGAGCAGCUACUUCCAUUGCCUAUGUGCCACUAUGUUGACCUUGAUAAUCUAGAUAUUGGGAGAUGUAAUGUAAUAUCUGUCCAAGUCUUGAUGCACUUCUCAUUGUGACAGAUGUGCUUAUGUGAAAAGUAUAGCCUACAGUGUGUUGGCCGCCAUUUUAUUUAAAUAAACAAAACAAAACAAAAGUCUUAACGACGGCAGUCUUUUUAGCUCUGUGUGUAAUAUAUCGCCGAUCAUACCGGUUUGAACUUUACGAGAAACACAAACAUCGGGUUUCAUCUACAGAGUGGUCGGUUUGCGUUGUACAUCUGUUUGAUUGGGAAUAAGCGGACUGUAGGACUCGAAGCCCAACAUACUGACAUAACGGCAAUAAGGCCUCGUCCCCUCACUGUGGCUACACAAACCACUGGCAGUCCAAGCAACAGAAACCGUGGGCUUGUACAGCCUCGCUAAUUACUACUGAUCUCUUUCCAAUCUGUACAGGAGAAAAAAGAUUGCAUGGAACCUUGUUACUGUAAUUAAUAACCUAUACAGUAUGUAAUAUUUAAGUUUAAAAAAAAAAAAAAAUUAACCUAUUUACCAGCAGCAAAAGAAACGAAUGAUUGUUGUUUUUCUUCAAGGACGUGGCAUCAGGGGAUCUUGUUCUGUUUGUUUAUAGCAGAGUUUGCUUAUUAAUAGUUUGCUUUUAAAGGUUGAUGGAGAUCUUUUACUUACUUAUUUUGUGCUUGAAAUGUUGUAAAAUAAAGUUAAGAAUCAUGCUAAUAAUAUUUGAGGAUUUUUUUUUUUUCUACACAAUAAGUUGGUUUGAGAAUAGCUAAGAAAUGAUUAUUUUUUUUUCCCCCACCAGAUCCAUUCAGCCCCUGUUCACUUCGACCCUAAAAAAAAUAAAAAUAAUUGAUUUGUAUUCAAACUAAAAUGGUACAACAUCUAAUAUACAGUAAGCUCAAGCAAUGCACCAAGAUAGAGAGUUAAUAAAGAACCACUUGUGGAAGACUGGGAGGCAUGAGCAGGGGCUGAUUUGAGAUGAAAUUCUGGUUUACACAAACAGGCCAAUGUUAAAUGCUGGGUAAUGAAGUUUUUAACGUGUACGGCUUUUUGAAGGGCUUCUGUGUGGGUACAGCGGCUCCAGAGGCCCGGGAUUGUAAUUGUGCAUCCUUGUACAUGUUUUUCAGAGGAAAACGACAUCAUCUAAUUUAUUCAUAUUUUAUACAUCGGUUGAUGCUGGUUAAUUAUUCAUUCACCAGAUUUCCUGCUGUAAAUGGUGACAGUUCUGAGGUUUUUUUUUGUUUGUUUGUUUGUUUUUUUGGCUGUUGUAAAGACAAAGACAUCAUAUAGAUGUCUGUCUGUGUGUUAACUGAUAAAUUGUCAAGCUUUACCUGGCAGCAUCUGGAGCCUUGUACCCACUACUGAGCACAGCAUUUCUGCAUUGCAUUGGUAAUAUUGAUUGUGCAUAAAUAAUUUUAUAUAUAUGAAAAGACCUGGAAAUAAUAAAGAUUAUUUAUCUUGUUAUUUA